AUGGCGGGGCCGGCGGCGUGUCGGCGCUGGUGGUGUGUGUCGGAGCAGGCGGGCGAGUUCCGAAGCGUCGUGGAGCUGUCGGAGAGGUUCCCAGGAUUUGUUUUGCCAUGCCUGGGCGUUCAUCCCGUUCAAGAAGUUUCUCCAGAGGAGCAGCGCAGUGUUACUUUGAAGGAUCUGGAUGCUGCACUGCCACUUAUAGAACUCUACAAAGACAAAUUGGUGGGGAUCGGAGAAGUUGGACUAGAUUUCACUCCCAGAUUUGCCAGCACCGAUGAACAGAAGGAAGGACAAAGACAGGUUUUGAUCAAGCAGAUCGAGUUGGCAAGAAGACUGGAUUUGCCUUUAAAUGUUCACUCCCGCUCAGCUGGAAGACCAACCAUUAAUCUCUUGAAGGAACAAGGUGCUACAAAGGUGUUGCUCCAUGCCUUUGAUGGGAAGCCAUCUGUAGCAAUGGAAGGGGUGAAAGCUGGAUACUUCUUCUCCAUUCCUCCUUCCAUUAUAAGGAGUGAACAGAAGCAGAAGCUUGUGAAACAGCUACCUCUGGAAAAUAUGUGCUUGGAAACUGACUCUCCUGCUCUGGGGCCUGAAAAACAGGUGAGAAAUGAACCCAGAAAUAUUUACAUUGCUGCAGAAUAUGUUGCCAAAAUUAAAGGAAUUCCAGUUGAAGAAGUUAUAAAAGUGACUACACAGAAUGCACUAAAAGUAUUCCCCAAACUUCAGAACUUUCUUCGGAUAUAGAUUCAGAAACUGGAACAUAUGAUAUUGCAGAAAGUAUUAUUUAUAUUGUAAUUAAUAAAACCAACAUGCAUCUUGUGUUAAA